UUGGAGUUCCGGAGGAGCAGCUUGACCCGCCUGGUCUGGUUGCUUUUGUUAAGGAUAAGAGGGAAUUGAUUCCUCAGUUGGUGUCUGUUAUAUUGCCUCCUGAUGAGGAAGUGGCAGAAGCAUUGCAAGAAUCUAAGGCUGGUGGGAAGAAGAGUUCUUUGACCAUGAGGAAGAGGUUCCAUCACAGCAUGUUGUGGUUGCAGUGGUUGAUGUUUGAGGGUGAACCCGAUGCUGCUCUUAGAAGCCUUGCCAAGAUGUCUAUUGGUCAGCGGGGUGUCUGUGGGGCAGUUUGGGGGAACAAUGAUAUAGCUUACAGGUGCAGGACGUGUGAACACGACCCUACAUGCGCAAUAUGUGUUCCUUGUUUUGAGAAUGGGGAUCACAAGAGCCAUGAUUACUUUGUUAUAUACACGGGUGGUGGUUGUUGUGAUUGUGGGGAUGUUACGGCUUGGAAACGUGAGGGGUUCUGCUCAAAGCAUAAGGGUGCUGAGCAGAUACAACCCCUUCCGGAGGAAAUUGCAAAUUCAGUUGCGCCUGUGCUUGGUUCUCUUUUCAAUUGUUGGAAAGACAAGCUAACACUUGCAAGCAAUUCUCCUUCUAUUGAAAGUAAGAAGGCUGCAAUGGAACUAACUUCUGCUGUAGUAGAUAUGCUUUCAGAAUUCUGCCAGCAUAGUGAGAGUUUGCUCAGUUUUGUUGCUAGGUUGUUGUUUUCAUCUACAGGUUCAUUGGAUAUUCUGGUAAGAGCUGAGAGGUUUUUAAGUGAUGUUGUUGUGAAGAAACUCCAAGAGCUACUCCUAAAAUUGUUGGGCGAACCUACUUUCAAGUAUGAAUUUGCUAAAGUUUUUCUUACUUACUAUCCGAGUGUUAUAAGUGAGGCUGUAAAAGAGUGUAGUGACCUUCCUUUGAAGAGGUAUCCGCUACUAUCCACUUUCUCUGUGCAGAUACUUACAGUGCCCACUCUUACCCCACGUCUUGUUAAGGAAAUCAACUUAUUAACCAUAUUAUUGGGAUCUCUAGAAAACAUUUUCACUUCUUGUGCUGAAGACGGGCAUUUACAGGUUUCCAGGUGGGUGAAUUUGUAUGAGACGACAAUACGCGUUGUUGAAGAUAUUCGUUUUGUUAUGAGCCACGUGGCGGUGCCAAAAUAUGUAACUAAUGACCAACAGGAUAUAUCAAGAACUUGGAUGAGACUUCUGUCCUUUGUGCAAGGGAUGAACCCUCAAAAGAGAGAAACUGGCCAACAUGUUGAAGAAGAAAAUGAGAAUGUGAAUUUGCCUUUUGUUUUAGGUCAUUCUAUUGCCAAUAUCCACUCUCUGUUGGUGGGUGGGGCAUUUUCUGAUGCUAGCAAUGGAGGGAUGGAUGAUGAAAUUGUUUGGAACUUAAAUAAGAAUGAAUCAGAGGAAGGAGAUAAUUUGAGACAUGCAAAGGUAGGACGGAUUUCACAGGAGAGCUCUGCUAGUGUGACCUGUAGGAAUAAUGUCUUUGCUUCACGAAAGAUAUCCGAUGCCUCUUCUCAUUUGUUUCUUCCAUCCUCUGUUAUUUGGUUGAUAUAUGAGUGUCUAAGGGCCAUUGAGAAUUGGUUGGGGGUUGAGAAUACCUCUGCGGUACUUCCUAACAUGUUAUCCCCAAACACUGAUAGUGUUAUUGAUGGCAAUUUUUCAGCAUUAAGAAGAACAAUAUCCAAUUUCAGAAGAGGUAAAUAUAGUUUUGUUAGGCGUGCAAGUUCAAGUGAAGAUCAUCAUCAGCAAUGCUCUGACUAUAGUGUUGAUGGCAUGGAAAUUAAUAAAAAUGAUGCACAGGAUGGUAAACUGAAAACAAAUGGUGAAAUUGAUUCUGAAAAUACCUGCAUUCGCUCUGAUGUUGAUUAUAGUGCAAUGGAAGAAGAUUCUCCUGGGGAUUUGGUUGGUCUCCGUUUUCUAUCAUUGCCUGAUUGGCCCCAGAUAGUCUAUGAUGUUAGUUCACAAUAUAUAUCUGUGCACAUUCCAUUACAUAGAUUGCUAUCCAUGCUCUUGCAGAGGGCACUGAAAAGAUACUUUAGUGAAUCUGAAGUGUCAGGUGUGACUGAUGUCUCUUCUUAUUCAUCAUCAAUGAUCUACACUGACUUCUUUGGACUUGCUUUACGGGGAAGUCAUCCAUGUGGUUUCUCUGCCUUCAUUAUGGAGCAUCCAUUGCGGAUUAGAGUCUUUUGUGCUGAAGUCCAUGCUGGAAUGUGGCGAAAAAAUGGAGAUGCUGCUUUACUGUCUUGUGAAUGGUACAGAUCAGUGCGAUGGUCUGAACAAGGUCUGGAGCUUGAUCUUUUUCUUCUUCAGUGUUGCGCUGCUCUGGCUCCAGAAGAUCUAUAUAUUAGUAGAAUUCUUGAGCGCUUUGGGCUGUCAAACUAUCUAUCCCUAAAUCUUGAUCGGUCUAGCGAGUAUGAAUCUGUUUUAGUACAGGAGAUGCUUACUCUUAUAAUUCAAAUAAUAAAAGAACGGCGCUUUUGUGGGUUGACUACUGCUGAAAGUUUGAAAAGAGAACUAAUUUAUAAGUUAUCCAUUGGGGAUGCAACUCACAGUCAACUAGUGAAGUCACUUCCUCGUGAUCUCUCCAAAUUUGAACAGCUUCAGGAAAUUUUGGACUCAGUUGCUGUUUAUUCUAAUCCAUCUGGCUUCAAUCAGGGAAUGUAUUCUCUGCGAUGGCCGUUAUGGAAAGAAUUGGAUCUGUAUCAUCCACGUUGGUAUUCGAAGGAUUUGCAAGUUGCUGAAGAAAGAUACUUGCGGUACUGCAGUGUCUCUGCACUAACCACUCAGCUACCGAAGUGGACCAAAAUUUAUCCUCCACUUAAGGGGAUUGCCAGAGUUGCUACUUGCAAAGUUGUCUUAGAGAUCAUCCGUGCAGUGAUAUUUUAUGCUGUUUUUACUUUUAAAUCAGCUGAAUCUCGUGCUCCUGAUGGGGUUCUUUUACCUGCACUGCAUUUGCUAUCACUAUCAUUAGAUAUCUGUUCUCAGCAGAAAGAAUCUGGUGCGAGUGAUGUUGCACAAAUUCCCAUAAUAGCUUCUUCUGGCGAAAUGAUUGAUGAAAAUUCUUUUUAUGGUGCUGGAGAACAAAGCUUGUUAUCCCUUCUUGUGUUAUUGAUGGAAAUGCACCGGAAGGAAAAUGUAGACAACAUUGUAGAAGCGGGUGGUUGCAGUCUAUCUGCUUUAAUUGAAAGCUUGCUGAAGAAAUUUGCUGAUAUUGAUGACAGCUGCAUGACUAUAUUGCAAAAACUUGCUCCCGAAGUGGUUAGUCAUAUUUCUGAAUGUGCUGAAACUAAAGAUUCAAGUGUCCCAUUGUCAGCCUCUGAUAGCGAGAAACGCAAAGCAAAGGCCCGAGAGAGGCAGGCUGCAAUAAUGGAAAAAAUGAAAGCACAACAGUCAAAAUUUUUGGCCAGCAUUGAUUCCAGUGGUGAUGAUGGGUCUCAAGUUGGCCAUGAAGGUGACUUCGGCACUGAACACGAUUCUGAAGAAUCCAAACAAGUUGUGUGCUCUCUUUGCCAUGAUCACAAUUCAAGAAAUCCAGUUUCGUUUUUGAUUCUUCUUCAGAAAUCUAGGCUUGUCACUUACGUCAACAGGGGUCCCCCAUCAUGGGAUCAACUUCGUCGAGCAGAUAAAGAACACAUGCCCAUCCUCACCACCAAGGCGACAGAUAAAUUGGCUGUGAAUAACUCAAGUAGUUCUGGAUCAACAUCAUCUUCCCACAUAACUCGCUUACUUAAGAAUGCUGUGAAUGCAUUGGCUUCUAGCAAGAAACCUGGGGAAGUUAAUUCUAUUCUGCAAUAUGUCAAGAAUGAAUUCCCAGCUGUUGGAAAUCUUCAACUCCCAACUGCAUCUCAUGAUGAAAAAGAGAAGACACCAUACACUUUUGAGACAUUAGAAGAGGGUAUGUACUUCUCUAUUCGUGAUGAGAUGCAUGAUCAUGACUAUGUAUCUGCUACUAAUUUGAUGAAUGAGGAUGAGAAAAUUCCAACUACUGGAGGGACUCCAAAGAUUUUGACAGACAUUGAAUCUGUUUUGCUUGGGAAAUAUACUGCUGAUAUUUUGAGGGAGUUAUCAGAAAGUUCUUCUGCAUCUGAAAAUGCUCCUACUGAAAAUGCAUCUACAGAGUCAACAUCAAAACAUCUAGCAUAUGAUGGAUUUGGUCCUAUAGAAAGUGACGGAGUUCAUCUUUCCUCAUGUGGGCAUGCAGUACAUCAAGGGUGUCUAGAUCGGUAUUUAUCAUCAUUGAAAGAAAGAUCUGUUAGAAGAAUUGUUUUUGAAGGAGGACAUAUUGUUGAUCCAGAUCAGGGAGAGUUUCUAUGCCCCGUGUGUCGCCGCCUUGUAAAUUGUGUCUUGCCGACUAUGCAUGGAGAGUUACAGAAGCCUUUUAAGCAGUCUAUUGGCUUGAGUAUUGGUUCAAUAGAUACUGGAGACCCCUCUGCUGAGUUGAAUGAAGUGAAUUAUUCACUUCACAUUCAGCAAGCGUUUAAGCUCUUGCAACGUGCAGCCAAUGCUGUGGGGAAAGAUAAAUUUCUGAAAGCCAUUCCUUUGCAGCAGAUUGAUAGAACUAGACCAAAUCUUGAGAAUUUCUCCCGUGUGCUUUCUAAAAUGUAUUUUCCAGGCAAACAAGAUAAAUUAUCAAGAUUUGCUAGACUAAACCAUUCAAUGCUGAUGUGGGACACACUAAAGUACUCCUUGAUAUCAAUGGAGAUUGCUGCACGUUGUGGAAAGACUACUUUGACUCCGAACUUUGCUCUUAGUGCCAUGUAUGAAGAACUCAAAUCUUCAAGUGGCUUUAUAUUAUCAUUGUUACUGAAACUUGUUCAGAAGACACGGAGUAAGAAUUCUCUUCAUGUGCUUCAAAGAUUUAGAGGCGUUCAACUAUUUACAGAGUCAAUUUGCUCUGGGAUAUCCUUGAAUAAUGCAAAUAGUGAUGUCUCUGUUAGAGGUGAUGUGCUAUCUAUCUUGAAGCAUAUUGAAAUGGACUUAUCGAACUUUGACUUACACUUUUGGAGACGGGCUUCAGAUCCAGUUCUUGCCCAUGAUCCUUUCUCAUCAUUGAUGUGGGUUCUCUUUUGUUUGCCAUAUCCAUUUUUGUCAUGUGAAGAAUCGUUGUUGUCCCUUGUGAAUGUUUUCUAUCUAGUCACUGUAACCCAGGCUAUAAUUUUGUAUCAUGAGAAGUCUGAGCAUAAAUUAAGCAAAUCAGGUAUCUCAGAUUGCCUGAUAACUGACAUAUAUAAAGCUAUGGGUGAGUCGGGAUGUGUUCAGCAGUACUUUGACUCGAACUAUUUUGACCCUAAUGCUGAUAUUAAAGAUGGAAUUCGGAGGUUUAGUUUCCCGUAUUUGCGAAGAUGUGCAUUAUUGUGGAAAAUACUAUAUUCUUCUAUACCGGCACCAUUCUGUGAUGAGGAAAAUAUGUUGGAUAGAUCAUGGUAUACUCCGAAUGACAGGAUGGACCUGCAGAAUAUUGACAUGUUUGAGGUUGCUAAAAUUCAAGAACUUGAGAAAAUGUUCCAAAUUCCCACAAUAGAUGUGGUUCUCAAAGAUGAACUUUCAAGAUCUUCAGUUUCUAUGUGGUGCCAUCAUUUUUACAAGGAAUGCGGAUCCCAUGGUGUGCAACGAAUAGUCCAUGUGACCCCUGCUGUUCCAUUUGAGUUGAUGAGAUUGCCAAAUGUUUAUCAGGAUCUCUUGCAGAGGUGUAUCAAACAACGUUGCCCUGAAUGUAACACACUUCUUGAUGAGCCUGCAUUGUGCCUGUUGUGUGGUAGAUUGUGCUCCCCAAGUUGGAAAUCUUGCUGCAGGGAAAGUGGGUGCCAAACACAUGCAGUAACCUGUGGAGCUGGUACUGGAGUGUUUCUGUUGAUUAGGAGAACAACUAUCCUGUUGCAGAGAUCUGCACGUCAAGCCCCAUGGCCUUCUCCUUACUUGGAUGCUUUUGGUGAAGAAGAUUUUGAAAUGAAUCGAGGCAAGCCACUUUAUCUUAAUGAGGAACGAUAUGCUGUUUUGACUUAUAUGGUUGCUUCUCACGGACUGGACCGGAGUUCCAAGGUUCUUGGCCAGACUACUAUUGGUUCCUUCUUCUUGGUUUAGUUCGAGUCUUACAUGUCAAGUUAUAAUGUUAAGCAGAGAUUUUGACUGGAUUUAUCACCAGAGGGUGAUCUAGUUAUGCUAAUAUACCAUGUUAUAUAUGCCACUGACUAAGCAAAAGAUCUCAUGCUAUAGUGUACAGCUCACUCAGAUUAAAACAGGUGCAGCGUAAAAGAUUUUACAACUUGGCUUCUAUGGGAGCAUCUACCUGCUAGCCUUGGCACUGUGCAGUUCAAUGCUAACAUAAGAGCACGUUUUGGUCUGCUCCUUGGCUGGAAAGUAGGCGCACAGGUGUAUAUAUUUUGUCAAUGUUAUGGGAGGCACAAUUGCUUUUGGUACAAUUGUGGAACUGAGUGCUCAUCGCUAAUCAUAAGCGUCUUAGGAUGUCUGGAAUGAUAAUUUUGUUUGUUCCUUACCACCUAUUCAAGUAGGUGUUUAGUUGGCGAUUUCCCUCUUUGGGGAGAGUGGAGAAUUGUCAAUUUAUGGGCUGAUUGUAUAUAUGGCACAGAUGUACUUAUUUUUAUUUUUAUUGUCAAUAUGGUGGUUGCUUAUAUUAUAUUCGUGGAACAAUCGAUAUAUAGACUAAAGAGCAAAUUUGGAUAUUUUCAAGGAUGAUGGCUUGUGAUCAUUUGAUAGCAUUUUAGAGAAGAAAGUGAGAUAAAAUUGUGUUGGACUGUUAAACAUAGACAAGCAUGUUUGGCCACGGUGGUGGUAAAUGUUGUGGGUAA